UUUUUCUUUUUUCCUUUCUUUCCUUCUUUCUUACUAUUUACCACCAUCUUUCCCUCGUUUCAUUUUCCCACUUGUUUCGUUUUCCUUCCCUCUUUCUGAAUCACUCAUUUCCUAUGAGCAAGAAAAAAUCAUCUUUCAUUCACUCAUAGGUUCUCGUCACUCCUUCUUCAUCUUUGUACAGUGCCACCCUCAUGCUAUUUUCGGUCGCUCCACCUAUCUCGGCUGCGAUUUCAUAUUCCUCUCCUUGUUUUCAUACCCAGUUUUGGUGUGCCAAUUUCACCCACAAUUGAAAAUUUAUGGAUAGUUCAAAUGUUCUUGUGGAUUGUGGUAGUAUUGAUGAUGAAGGUAUAGAAGUUGGCAACUUUAAUGUUGAAGAAGAAGAUGAUGAUGCAUGCUGGGAGCCUAAAAUAGAUAUGUGUUUUUCUAGCUUAGAUGAAGUUAAAUCAUUUUAUAAAGAGUAUGCUUUUAGAAAGGGUUUUGAAUGGAAGAUUAGAACAUCGAGAAAAGGACGAGAUGGGGAGGUCUGCUACUUAAUUCUUGCAUGCACAAGAGAAAGGUCUCAAGUGACAAAAAGUCUGUGUACAUUGAAGACACGUCCGACAAUGGGAAAAAAUUGUCCUGCUAAAAUUUGUAUCAAAUUGAAAGAAGAUGGAUUGUGGUACAUUCAGAAAUUUGAACCUGAUCAUUCUCAUCAUACCAGCCCUAGAAAGGCAAGGUUGUUCAAGGCCAACAAGAAAAUGGACUUGCAUGUAAGGAGGACAAUUGAAAUCAAUGAUGAUGCAGGUGUGAGGGUCAACAAGACUUUUCAAUCUCUGGUUAAAGAUGCAGGAGGGUAUGAAAAUAUUCCAUUUAAUGAAAGAGAUGUAAGGAACUAUGUUAACAAGGAACGACGUGCAAUUGGAAAAGAAGGUGAUGGCAAGGCCUUGAUAAGCUAUUUUUGUCAAAUGAGGGAACAAAAUCCUAAUUUCUUCUAUGAAAUAGAUUUGGAUGAUGAUUUUCAUGUAAAAAAUGUGUUUUGGGCUGAUGCAAGAAGUAGGGCUGCUUAUGAGUAUUUUGGAGAUGUAGUAACUUUCGAUACAACAUAUCUGACAAAUAGAUAUGAUAUGCCUUUUGCUGUUUUUGUUGGUGUGAAUCACCAUGGUCAAUCAACAUUACUUGGAUGUGGGUUGCUAUCAGGAGAAGACACAGAAUCAUUUGAAUGGCUUUUUAAUUCAUGGCUUCGUUGUAUGCUAGGAAAGCCUCCUAUUGGUAUUGUGACCGACCAAUGUAAGGCAAUGCAAAAUGCAAUUGAGGCAGUUUUCCCUACAACUCGUCACAGGUGGUGUUUAUGGCAUAUAAUGAAAAAAAUUGCUGAAAAACUAAGCGGAUAUGGUGAUUAUAAAAGGAUUAAGUUUGCAAUGAAAGAAGCUGUUUAUGAUACGUUUACAACAGAUGAUUUUGAAGAGAAAUGGUGUUCCUUCAUCGAAAAAUUUGAGCUUCAAGAGAAUCAUUGGUUGAGGGGGUUGUAUAACGAGCGUCAUAGAUGGGUACCAACCUUGUUAAGAAAAUAUUUUUGGGCUGGUAUGUCAACAACUCAGCGAAGUGAGAGUAUACAUGCUUUCUUUGAUGGUUAUAUCAAUUCAACGACAAGUCUGAAUCAAUUUGUAAAACAAUAUGAUAAUGCUCUCCGAAGUCGAGCAGAAAAGGAAUUUGAAGCAGAUUUUACUUCGAUGAAUACCACAAUUUCUUGCGGUUCAAACUCAUCAAUUGAAAAGCAAUUCCAAGGUCAGUACACUCAUGCUAAAUUUAAGGAGCUUCAAGUUGAAUUUAGAUCUAAAAUGAAUUGUGCUUCCUCAUUGAACACUGUGGAGGACUGCUUUGCCACAUAUCAUGUGUUGGAGGACGUGUUAGUUGGAGAUAGAACAAAAGAACAUGUAUUUAAAGUUGUGUUUAAUCGAGAAAACCAUGAUGUAAGUUGUGAAUGCUCAUUGUUUGAAUUUAGAGGUAUUUUGUGCCGUCAUGUGUUAUGUGUGUGUGCUCAAGAGAGAGUAAAAAAUGUACCAGAGAAGUAUGUUUUAACUAAAUGGAACAAAAAUAUUAAAAGGAAGCAUACAUAUAUUAAGAGCAGUUAUUGUGUGACACAACUGAAGCCACAAAUGGACAGGUUUGACAAGUUAUGCAAGCACUUCUACGAGGUUGCUGAAAUAGCGGCUGAGUUUGAAGACACAUCUGUAGACCUCCAUGAAAUACUACAUCAGUUUGCUUCUGAUUUACCCACCAGGAAUGCUACAGCUGAAAAUAUUAAAGGAAGUUUCAAUGGUGACUCAAAUCCAAACAAUGGUACAAAAAUUCACAGUCCAUUGCGGGUAAAACGUAAAGGUCGCCCUCCAUCAAAAAGAAAAAUAUCUAUACAUGAAAAAUUUGCUAAGAGGCCAAGUAAUCGACACAAACAGAGUGAUGAUAGAGGGACUAAUGAUAUCAAUACUGAAAGAGUGACAAAUCAGUUUGACAGCAACAUCUGCAUUAAAUCAUCUCUUGAUGUUGUUAGUGGUGGAAAUGUGCUGGAUGCAAGUACAAUGAUAGUUAACUAGCAUGGACAGCUCUAAUAUUUUUUGGACAAAAGCUAAUGCACUCAUUGCUAAGUAUAUGAAGUGACCCUUUUGUGUAUAUAACCAGACUUUUAUAACUAUGAUAUUGUGUUUUUUGGUGGCCAAAUCAUGGUGACAAAGGUCAACACAUGACUAUGAAUUCGUAUUUUUUUUUUAAAAACAUGUUUGUAAAGUUAACAUUAGGUACAAUGCUAGUUAACUUAUGUAAUUUAAGUUCUAUUUUGUGAUGUACUUAAUCAACCAUGUAAAUGGUAUGGUUUUGGAAGUUGUAAAUGGUAUGGUUGUAAUUGACAAAUUAGUGAUCAAUUUAA